AUGGGCCGCGCAACAUACGCUUCCAUUGGCGAGAUUGGGCCGGAUACCGAGGACUCUCUCCCACAAUAUCCACAUACGGAAGAGCUUCGGCGUUAUGGCGGCUGGAUGAACCCUUACUUUAUAAACUUUGGCCAGUCGGGUCUCGAGACCCAGUAUCCCUCCUUGCCCAGCUUGGGCAUGGACAUGAGCAAUGAAGAAGCUGCACGUCAAGAUCCUCUGCCCAUCCCGUCGCCGCCCCAGUUGGAUACCUUUUUUUUGGCCGAGCGCUUCCAGCACGAGAUCAACGAUGGCUUCAAGGCCUGGCAACUCGCCUCUCUUCACCAGAGCCUCCCCCCCGUCAGCGAAGCCUCCAUCGCCGUCAACCCCCAAAUGUGGCACCCAAUCUUCCAAAAGGCCCGCUGGUACGACCUCAAGUCCCCCGUCGACAUUACCGACACGUCUCUCACCGCUCCCCAUUGGUCCAUCGACAAUCCCGACGUCUUUGCCGAGUUGGGCAUCUGCGUAGAGAUGGCAAACAAGAUCUUUGCCGAGGCCCAGUGUACCAAGUGGCUACACGCCCUCUUGCUAAAAGACUGGGACCCAAUUACGGGAACCGAGUACCAAAGAUACAACAGACGGACGGGCGUCGAGGCCCAGCGCUUUCAAGCUCACGGUGACCCAGAUGCCCCCUUGACCCAGGCCGCACGGAUACGGCUUUACAACGAGACCACUGACCUCGCCGACCGCAUUGUUUGGUCCUUCUUUGACGGCGACGAUCCUAAUGCAUUUGGCUUCGCAAAUUCGAGGGGGGACAAGUUCACGUCGGCAUAUACAAUGCUUGCAAAGGACAAGAGCACAGACGAACAAUUUGUCGUCAUUCGCAUGAAUGCUCGGAUUUUGAGGACUUUGCUGCAAGACAACAACGGUACCAACAACCCGGCGGAAUGUCUUCGAUACGGCGAAAAACACAUUGCUCGUCUGCAGUUUGCCGUUACGAUGAUACACGAAUUGGCGCAUGCGCUUAACUUUGCCGCAUUGCUUAAAGAAGGUGACGCUCCUGAUACGUACGAACCAGUAUACAACAACGAGUGGGUGGCUGAGCUGGGCUAUUCAAUCGAGAAUAAUCUCUUUGGUGGUACAUUUCGCUACACCCCAGAAGGCACAGAAAAUGAUCUAAUUCCGUCCACACUGCCCGGUUUGCGGCAGUAUGGGCUGGCCCUAUACACAUUUGAAGACACCACUUGGAUAUAUGGCUCAAGUAACUAUACCAUCGACAACCAUAUUCACUGGCCCCCAGGUCAGCCCAUAUCCUUCGACAGGUAUCCCAUUCCCGCCUUCUUCGCAGCCUCCCUCCAACUCCAAGAUUUUUGGGACGUGUUGGUAGGAACCAAAGGCCGAAGUGCCCUACGGCCACCCCGCCCCUUUAGGACCCCCGUACUGGACCAGCACGAGAUCACCCGCGUCUUCUCCGUGGUCCCCAACCCCAACAACCCCCAAAACUUUGACGCAUAUCCUGAAAUAGCCGCUAGAUACCAAGAUUGCGUCGACCACCUCCAACUCCGCAAGAAAGCAUGGAAACGCUGGCGCGGCAUUUCAGGACAAAAUGACCAUUUCACCCAAGCCUACGCCUACUGGCAACGCACCCCUUACUCCCUUGCGGGAUGCCGCAACUGCGUCGAAGUGUUCAGCGAUGCCGCCUCCUGUCGCGACGAGAAGACUUGCACGGCCAUGAUCAACACGCUUCAGACGAGGAUCGAGGAAUGGGAGCAACGCGCCGGCCCGGCCCAGUCCCUGGGCUUCGUCUACCGCAUUCUGCUCCACCUCAUGAGAGCGGCUAUUCCCUGGCGAAGGAAAGCGGUCCGGUUCAAAAACAAGCGAAAGAAUUUCCAGACUGAAGCGCCCAACCUUUGGCAUCCGAGCAUCAACGCUCUUGUCAAGGGAACGAGGUGGAGAUUUCCCGAUCGCCAUGUAUAUGGCAACGACGCGGGCACGACCUGGACCACGUUGAACCUGUACGGCCAAAAAUAUGCGUCUCACACUGCCUACGACGCCCGUGUCGAUGUCAUUUCCACAGCCCUUCGCGAUGGGCGCAAGUGCUGGACCAUCACCCCGACUCCCAUAGGGCUGCUGGAUGCCAUCAGGCAGUUGGCACAUGAGCUCCUUGCUGCACUCGACCACGAGGCGGAUCUCCGCGGCCUGGAAACUGAGGGCUGGCUGCCCUUCAACUUUACUUUUCCGGACUGGGUCAUGGGCUUCGAGAAGGGAGGCUCGAACCAGGUCGGCGACGUGGUGGAAGUGUCGGAAGCGGAGGAGAAGCGGAGGAAUAGGAAUGCACAUCGUGCGUUCCUAGGGAGCGCGCCGUCGUCGCCUGUCGGUUCGUGGGCAUCUGAUGCCAGUGAUCGUGAUGAUGAUAUGAGUGAUAGUGAUCAUGACAGUGACGACGACAGUGAUGACGACAGCGACGACGACAGUGAUAAUGAUAGUGACAUUGAGAUGGGCGGUCAGGAACAGAGUCAGGGUCAGGGUAUUGCCAGUCGUCUAAAGAUGGUUCUGGACAUUGGGAAACUGAGCGGUGUCUCGAAAGCCAUGAAGAGCCGGGGUCCCACCCGCGGUAUCUCCAAACCUCGUGGCCGUGGUUUCCGCGGUAGACGAGGCGGUGAUGGUGGUGGCCGAGGAGGCGGUAACCCCGGUGCCGGUCUUAUCCGCCGUCGCGGUCCCCUCCGCGCAGGCAGAUCCCAAAAAGCCUGGCGAUCCGUAACCCACGAUGUCGAUGAUAGCGACGAGGAGGAGGAGGAGGAGGAGGAGGAAGAAGAGGAUGACACUGAUCCUGAUGCUAUGGACAUAGAAUACGCAAGCCUCUCUUCGCUCUCUCCCCCACAGCAAAAUUCGCCUAUCCGAUCUAACCAGUCCCUCCCCGACGAUCUCAAUUUCUCCCAGCUGCAGCUUAACAACCGCCACCGCUUCGUUCUGGACGAGUUUUACAAGCAUGGCUUUCUCUCCAAAUCUGAAGCCUUUCAACUCUUGCUAGCCCACUACAACUUCCACAACUUUGACGAAACCUGGGAGAAGUUGGGACAACCGUACUUCGAGUGGCCUGCCGAAGGCGAAUGGGUCAAUACAUAUAAUGGUGACGAGGCUUUGGCAGACGUGAAGGAUGUGUGGAGGACAAAAAAGCAUUGGAGUAGGGGGGAGGUUGCUGAUCAUUGGCGACCUCUAAAAGAGACGACUGGGCCGAGGUGGGUGUUGGUAAGGUGGCGCGGGGAGGAACAUAUCUAUGAUCUUGGUGGUGGUGUUGAACAGUGGAAAUCAACCGCUCAGGACCUUUUCUGCUACCACCGCCCCCACAAAAAAAGCACAGUCAAGUCACACGUUGCCCAACGGUCUCCCCAUGGCUGGGUGGUCAUCCAUAACACGAUCAAGAAAUAUCUCCAGUCAAAUGCUCAUACGCUGUUUCGCGGUAAGCUCCUGCGCGAGAGAACGCUAGAAGAGGUGAGAGAGUUUCAUGGACGGGAUGGGGGGCCAAGGUGGGCGUAUAUCGGGAGGGAUGUUUUUGAUCUUAGUAGCAUCCCAGAGGAACACGAUGGCUUUUUGAAGAUUUUCGUCCGCAACAACAUUGCAACCUGCCAGGACUUGACCCUGUUCUGCCAUAAGUACAAGAAAAACCCCAUGGAUCUUAAAAACCUGCUGUGGCCGUGGCGGUGCGCAGUUCUCAAAGACUACAUUAUGGAACCCCCGCCGAGACGGACACUGGAUGUUUUUACGGAAAGGGAGCUUGGACGGCAUAUUUUCAAGGAAGUAGGGAUGUAUAUUCGCAUCCAAAACAAUGUCUAUGAUAUUUCUGAGUAUGUGGAAGACCACCCCGGCGGCGCCAGACGCCUAGCCGUCAACGCCGCUCGCAAUGUCACGGACAUCUUCACCGAGAAGCAUGUCCUCGACCAGGAAACAUAUUCUUGCAUCAUUCGCCCCUCUCAGGACACCGAAGAGGAGACCGUAAAGGACAGGCUAUCCAAAGUCCUGAAAAAGUUUGGACACCUCCGGAUCGGCUUCGUAAUCCCGGAGGUCCAGCCAGAUCACCAGCUCGGCCCUAGGAGCCUGGUCCUUAACGGUUACAUUUACGAUCUUGCUUAUAUCGAGGACCGCAACGGCCGACCUCCAUAUCGCUCAUGGCUUACCCCCUCAGCGCUCGGAACCCUCCGCCAACUCUACGGUCAAGAUAUCACGGAACUCUACAACAGCGAGACUAGGCGAGGUCAACAGCUGCGCGAGAUCUUUCGCGAAGUAUCCAAACUUAAAGCCGAUGUAAUCAAGGGGAAGAUCUACCGCCCUCCCACUCGGCAGAUUACUCUCCGCGAGCUGAAACACCACGGCAUCAAAACCCUCGCCACAAAGACCCAGCGCAAGCACAGAGCCGCUCAGUGGGCGAAGCUGGUCUACGCCGGUGGCCGAACCCUAGCCCAAUGGGCCCACAACAGCAUCGUCAAUAGCGAGCCCGCUCUAUGGGUAAACGUCGGUGGCAUAGGCGGACUUGUCUACGACGUCAGCGAGAUUGCGCGGUACGCUAAGCCUCGUAUAGCGCGCCUUGCAAGGUCCGUUUCGGGCACGAUGAUCCCUUCUGCGUUUGUCAACGAGGAAGAAGAAAGUCAAGCACCAAGAGAGGAAGAUGGCGCGGAUGUGAUUCGGGAGUAUAACGCGAAGUUGAUAGCCACGAUGCUAACGGUGGUCUUUGCCGCGAGGGCGGUUGGUGUUUUGGUGGAGGAUCCGCCGGGUAUGAGCAUGAGGGAGCAAGAGGGGGUGGCGGAAAGUGCUGGGGAGAGUGAGAACACGGAUUGGGAAGAGCCUUGGGUAUAUGCAGGUGAUGGUAAGGCAUAUGUUGAUGUCGCUGGUGAAGAAGGGAAUGGAGAACAAGAAGACAACUGGGAUAUCGACCCAGACCUGCUUUCCAGCCGGGAUCGUGCCAAACUCGCCCGGCGACAGAACGUCACGCCUAGUCCACCUCGUUCUCAACCAACCCCAGGCUCCCGGCCGUCUGCCCGUGUUCCCACCCCGGGAUCAGUACUGGUAGCCCCUACCGUGGACAAUAGCGCCGCCCUCUUCCGACCUGGAGGACGUCGACUCCCUCCUCAAAGCCAGACCCGGAACAAUAACCUCGCUCGCCGUCUCGACUUCGAAGCGGCACCAGCCCCGAGACCAACCAACACCCCCCAGAUACAUGGCAAGAGACCAAGAAGUGAGCUAUCGGAAAUCAUCGAUGGCAUGAAGAUCAACUUCAACUUCCAGAGCAAGUCAACGGAUACUAGUAGCUCCUCCAACGAUGACAACGACGCACCCCCUUCCCCCACGGCUGGGAAAAAGGGCAGACCAAGAGUAGUCAGACCCAAAAAAAGGAAACGACCACUGAAACGGUCAGCAGACAAAUCUUCGUCACAACCGCAGGCUAAACGGCCUCGAUUAACGGGACAAGCUGCUGAAGAUGAUGCCGCGGCUAAGAAAGACCAGGUAAAAGGGAAGAAAAAGACCAAGCCGGCGGAAGCGGCUGCGAAAGCAAAGGCGGAUACGGGGAAGAGGAAACCCAUCAAGAGGGGGCCUGCUGGCAAGAGUCAGGCGCCGGCGUCGGUGCCGCUGCCGAAGGGGAGUACACCUGUUUGUCCUGGUGCGGGUGCUGGUGCUGGUGCUGUGCCGAGUAAGCAUGUGGCGCCUGGAAUUAUUGAGGAAAGAAGGCCCAUGGCUACUGUCCUUGAAGGAAAUGAAAGAGAGAGUAAUGUCGGAGAACGUAGAGGUCAGAAGCGAGACAGGAGUGAUUCACUUGAAAACUCGCAACAAUGGCUAAAGGAGAAGAGAAAUCAAGGCAAGAGGGCAAGACAAUUGUCACCUGACGAGCCGGAGCAAGAACAAGGAGGUAACAAUGAGGAUGCUGGCGACGGACAGAAAGACCGUCAACGCCCGGCAACUUCCCAGCCUCAAGGCCGGCGAGAGGCUGGAAGAGGUCAAGGUCAGUCCCAGCGUCAACCGCCAUCGGGACGAGCACAAGCUGCUGCACCUGGAGGCGAUCCGCCAAGCCAGCCAUCUUCACAGGGCUCAGAGGGCAGAAGGCCAGGUCGAAGGGUGGGAAGCAGCCCCCACCGACCCAUUUCCAUCUCAAGUCGUGAGUCGACUUCCAGUGACGACGACGGGAGGAGUCCACCCCGUCAGCCCGCCGGCCGGAAUCCAAAGCGUGGACCCUCUGCCCCUCUCCAUUCACCAGGUGCAGCACGCACAGAUUUAAUAAGAAGUCCAGGUCGAUCGAUUGGUCGCCGAUUCCCACCUCAACCUCAAACGGACAAUGGUGAAGUCGAGAACGUCGUCGAAGAAGAAGACGACGACGAUCUUUUUGGCCACGAAGACGAUCUUUUUGGCAUUCCAAACGAAGAUAUAGACAUGGACCACAACGCCCAACAAGAACUUGAAGAAGCCGCCGCCGCCGCCCAAGAUGAACCCAACCCCGAACAAGAAGUUCCACAACCAGGUAUCCCCUCCCCCGUCAGACCCCGACAACCCCGAAUCAAACAUGUCAACCGUGCACCUCCAGUGAGAGAACAGCCCGUUCAGAAUCGCCCUAUUCCAGGCCGUGGCAAGUUCGUUCCCGGUCAGGGACCCAGUCCGGGCCCGAUCAGACGGUAUGAACCGGGCUCGGACGAUAGGGAUCAGUUCACUGGUUAUAGGGAGAGAGAUGAGGACAUGUCUAGCGCUGAGGGGACGGAUAAAGAUGACAAUGAGGAUCAUAAUACGGAGGACGAGGAUGAUGGCGAUUAUGAAGAUGAGGAUGGUGAUGGUGCUGGGCGUGGACAUUCUGGUGGCUCUCGCAGAUCGAGGGGUUCUCGUGGCUCUCGUGGAUCCGGCGCCAACAGAUGGUCAGAGUAUUCAGGUGACAGUAUGUUCCACUCUCCUGACCGAAACAGGAACAGGCAUGCCGAGAGGGACGCUACGCCUGAACAAGAAGACAACGACGAAGAUGUCGCUAUGGGCGGCGUUGAUGGCGUCGACAACGGAGAAGAGCAGCUCCCCAAAACUCCACCGCCAGUCGACAACCGCGAUCCCCGCCAUCCGGACUACAUCACUCCCCACCUCCGGCCCGAGUACACCCCGCGCCAGCGCGCCUAUUUACUCGAAUUACAUAAUAACCGCAUCAACUAUUCUCCCACCUCUCGACAGCAAUUUGACAGGCAAGCGCGAUACGAGUACACCGUCAAUCGACCAGCGCUCCCAGGUAGACGUCGUGCCGCCUUCAGGACACCCGCCAGGUUUCUAGUCAAGGGGACACCCCGUCCCAUCCUCAACGACGAACAGCUAGAGGAACAAUUGCACGAGGCACUUGAUCAAGCAGUCACGGGGUUCAGGGAAAUGAGAGAAAGGGUCCUGGCACAUCUAGAGGAUCGAGAGCCCGUCCUUGACCGACCGCCGCCAGACCAUACGGGAGGGAAGUUCAUCCCUGGGCAUGGGUAUCACGGACAUCCACCUCUUCCGAGGCCACUGCAAAUGGAGGACAGGGGUGAAGACGAAGAAGAUGAAGACCUGGAAGAAGAUCCGGAGAGUUUUGCCGAGGGCGAGGCGAGGGUCCGAAGGGAGGCGUUGGAACGGUUCAUUAGGAGUUACAGGGAGAGGUUUAGGGAUACCUUGGACCGGAGGGAUGUGGAGAGGAGAGAGAGGAUGAUGAGGGCCUGGGCAGAGGGUAGGCAGUACGUUAUCGAGGUCGAGGAACCGGACGAGCAGUCGCCGCAGGAUAAGAAAGGGAAGAAGAAGGGGAGGAAGGGAGCUACUGCCUCUAGAGGAGGUAGAGGUGCUGGUGCUGGUGCUGGUGCUGGUGCGGCUUCCAGCGCUGCUCCUGAUGAUCCUUUCGCUCCCGCUCCUGCCCCUGCUCCUGCCCCUGCUCCUGCCCCGGCCCCAUCCCGUACUACCCGAGCUCGAGCCUCUGCUGCCCCGGUUCCUGCUGCGCCCAUUACGCGGAGCACUCGCAACAGACCUGCUGCACAUGAUUCGGAUGAAGAAGCUCAACUGGUCGCUCAACUGCAAGAGGAAGAAGCCCGACGAGAGGCGGAAAGGCAGCAAGCUGAUGAGCAACUCGCGGCGCGGAGGGCAGCAAGGGCAGCUAGAAGGGAUGCUGUAGCACAAGCUCAGCCAGCUCCGACACCGGCACCGGCACCGGCUCCGGCAACAGCUCAGAGACCGGCACCACAACCCCGAGUUCCAGCUCAGCAACCGUCCCGCGCAGCAGAUCCCGCCAAACAGGCACCUCGCUCAGCUGCUCCCGCUAGUCAAGCAGCCCGGCCAGCCUCAACUCGCCCAGCUGGUACAGUUCCCAGCCAGCCUCGUUCUUCAGGAGGCCAACCUCGUCCUUCGGGAAGUCAACCCCGUCCUUCAGGAAGUCAACCUCGUCCACCCCCUCCCCCUCCCGCCCCCCUUCCCCGUCAACGCCGCCGCGGUGACCCCGAUCCCGAUGUCUACCAACCGCUCCCCAUUCCACCCAACGAGACUGCCGCACAACGCGCCGCUCGCAUUCAGCGUGACAAGGAUGAACGGAAGAAACAUCGCGACAGGAAGUAUCAAGCGGAGAGACGAGCAAGGGCGCGCGAGGCAGAGGAUGCUAUUGCCGCAGCAAAGAAAGGGAAGAAAAAGAAGCAGAAUGAGGAGGAUGACUACGAGGAUGAAGAUGAGGAAGAUGAGGAAGACGAAGAAGAAAUGACAGAAGAGCAGAAGAAGCGAAAAGAGGAGUUGAGGAGGUUGAAUGCCAAGAGGCUGAAAGAUAAGUUGUAUAGAAGGCGGAAGAGGGCGAGAGAGAGGGAGGAGGCGAGGAGGGCUGAGGAGGAGGAGGAGGAGGAGGAGGAUAGUGAUGAUGAUGACGAGGGUGAGGGUGAUAAGGGGAAGAAAAAGAAGAAGGGGAAGGCUAUCGACAAAGGCAAGGGAAAGGCCAUCGACAAAGGCAAGGGAAAGGCCGUCGACAAGGGUAAAGGCAAGACCACGAAGUCCACGAAGAAGGGCAAGAAAAAGGAUGACUCGUCUGAUGAAGAUGAGGACUCGGACCAAAGCAACGAGUCGUACGGCGACGAGGACUUCAACAACUACCGCGGUCGCGUAGGAGAAAGCAGCGCGGUGGGAGGUCGAAGAGAAGCUAGGGCGACGAGAGGAGUUAGUAGAGUUGUACAUGAAGAGGAGGAGGACGAGAAUGAGGAGGACGCCGACUUGAGCGAGUCGGAUUCUGAGGAUGAUCUGUCUAGUGAUGAUGAUUGGGAGGCGUAG